UGGAUAAAUCGGUAAUUCUAACGCCAAUAAAAAUUGACAAAACCAAGGAAGCGGAUUUACGUAAGGCCAUGUCUGAAAAGUUUUUAAUGAUAAUGCGUAGGCUUAAGGAUAAACCAGAUUUAUCAUUUGAAAACUUUUUGGCUGACCUUGGUAUGUCUAAGGAUGAGUAUCUUAAUGUUAUACAGCACAACAUUUUUAAAACCACUUUAUUUUUAGAAAGGCUGCCAAAAGAUGGUUUUAUUAACAACUUUAAUGCUGAAAUGUUCUCCAUGAUGAAGAGCAACAUGGACAUUCAAUUAGUUUUUGAGCCAUAUGGUUGUUGCACCUACAUAGUCAACUAUAUCAAUAAGUCCCAAAGAGGUGUGUCUGAUAUUUUAAUGAAGACUAUGGAAGAAAUUAAAAAAGGUAAUUUAGAUGUUAAGGGCAAACUUAAAUCUCUUGCAGCAGCUUUCUUAAAUGCGAGCGAAGUAAGUGCCCAGGAAGCCGCCUACAGCGUGUUACAACUACCGAUGCAUGACACCUGUACCUCCUAUGUAUACAUCCAUACAAAUCCAAUCAGGGAAAGGACAAAAAUGUUGAAACCAUUAGCACAACUUAAAGAAAUGGACAAUGACGAUCCCAAUAUUUAUUGUGAUGGUCUUAUAGAACACUAUGAACAGCGGCCUGAUGAGAUGGAAAACAUAUGUUUGGCUGAGUUUGCGGCCUAUUAUGAUUUCUUUAAGAAACAAGCAGAAACAAAGGCUAAUGGUUUACCCUUAAAAGAUGGAAGUGGCGUUUUAGUUAAAAGGGGUCAUGCUAAAAUUUUAGCCUACCGUAGUUAUGGACUUCAGCAAGACCCUCUUAACUACUAUAGGGAACAAAUAAUGCUAUACAUCCCAUGGCGAAAUGAAGUGGAUGAAGUUGAAAAUGAGAACAUUGAUCAACAGACCAUAUACAAAGAUCGAUACCAAGAGAUUGUUGCAAAUCGACAAAAGUUCAAUGUCUUAGAUGAACAGGUAAUCGAUGAAGCCCUGAAACUUGCCGAAGACCGAUCAAAUCAAUUAGACGAUGGUGGAUUCGGUGGAGAAAUCGAUGAUGAGUUUAUGCCUUAUGGACUAGACAACCCCAUUUAUGAUCCAUUCAAUCACAUCAUCGAUAAGAAAGACGAUGAAGCGCCAGUAAAACAUAUCGCUUUCCCAACGCCUCAUCAGAUGAGCGAUUCAGAGUAUGAAGCCCUCAUAAGCAAACUGAAUCACAAGCAGUAUCAGUUCCUUAAUGUCGUGCAAGACAGUCUAAUUGAAGGGGAAACUUUCUACUGCACACUUAGUGGUCCAGCAGGUACAGGCAAAAGUCACCUGAUUACGGCAAUAACCCAGUCGUUAUUGCGCCAUUUCAACUCAAUACCGGGAAAUAAUCCUGAAAGUUUAAAAGUGUUACUUUGUGCGCCUACAGGUAAAGCGGCAUUUAAUAUCGGGGGUAUAACCUUACAUGCGGCAUUAUCGUUACCCGUUAGUCAGUAUGGUGAAGAACUAAUUCCGUUACACCAUGACACCGUUAAUACUAUAUAUUGUAAUUUGUAUGACUUAAAAUUAAUUAUCAUAGAUGAAUAUUCCAUGGUUGGCGCCAGAUUGUUUGACCAUAUUAACAGUAGAUUGCAGCAAAUCUUUAAAUCUGACGCCAUCUUUGGAAAUAUUUCAAUAAUUUUAUGCGGCGAUAAUCGUCAAUUACCCCCAGUAAGGGAUAUGUAUAUUUUUUGCCCAGUAAAAACAAAUCCGUAUAAAGAAUUAUGCGGAACGUAUCUGUGGGAUCAUUUUAAAUAUUUUGAACUUUCAGAAAUAAUGAGACAGAGUGAAGAUAAGUCUUUUGCAGUUGCCCUCAAUAAUAUGGCGUUUGGUAAAAUGACCGACGAAGAUGUGCAAUUGAUCAAGUCCAGGGAAGUCGACAGUAUUGACCAAAUUCCUGAAGACACUAUGCAUUUAUUUUGCACCAAUGCAGAAGUAGAUGCAUUCAAUGAAAUGAAACUGUCUACAUUUAAAACCGAGCGAGCCGUAAGUCAAGCCAGAGACGUUAUCAAAGGGAGUUGCUCAGAACGACUAAAAAAUUUAUUUCUGGAACACGCAAAAAGCUUAAAAAAGGGGGAGAGUUUUGGCCUAAUGUUAAAUUUAAUAUUGCAGGUAGAUGCCAAAUAUAUGAUUUCAAUGAAUGUGGACACCAGUGAUGGAAUAGUCAAUGGUGCAACAGGCAUCCUACGUCAAAUAGACUAUGACCGAAGUAAAAUUCCAUUCAGAGUGUGGAUGGAGUUCUUCGAUUCCAAGUCAGGCCAGGAAUGCCGCAAGAGAAACGAAUCCCUUAGGAAGUCUAUGGGUGUGUUAUACACCUGGACGCCCAUAGAAAAAGCUGCAAGAGCUGUUAAAAUUCAAAAAGGCAGCAAUGUUCACGUUGAGCGUCUUCAGUUUCCUCUUGUAAUCAGUGAAGGAAUUACAAUCCACAAGAGUCAAGGUGCCACCUACAAACAGGUGGCUGUUCACAUUGGAAAUCGAAUGACGAGAACCAGUACCUAUGUUGCUUGUAGUCGGGCCACAAAGCUAAGUGGCCUCUACAUCAUUGGAAAUUAAGAUUGAAGACGAUAUUACUACUUUGAUACAACUCUGGUACCGCUCUUUCCAAAAAUAGACUGCCAACCUGUGGAGAAUAUAG